AUGCCGCCCGUGAGGUCGAAUACAGCCGAUUCUUUACCCACGUUAGGGGACAACCUCAACAGGGUCAGCCGCAACAGCAAGUCGAAUCCGGUCCUAGUGUUACCCCAACAAUACGAAAGACAAUGGAGCAACCCUAUCAUGACGGCUCUGUCGCCGCCCCCGAGCUCCAAGCCAGCUCAACCCCAGCGGAAAAAUUCCCACCAUCGACUAAGAAGCGAUUCAGGCCUGGCAUUGCACACAAAUCAAGCUGCCUUUCGUCAACGCAAAAACUCUAACUCGGCCGGCCCGGUGUCUACACGGCAUCUUCCCGCUAGAGCAUUGAGCUUCGACAGCAACAGUAGUGUGGAGGAGUUCGCUUUGGGUCGCAGCUUCAGCCCAGAACUUGGCGGGUUCGUGUCCAACGGCAGGGUCAUUCCCGACUUUUUCGAGCCAGCCGUGGUCAAAUUGGCAUUUUCCAAUAAAGAGACGGUUCGGAGGCUCUGUGCGUUUGCAGAAACCAGACAUGACGGAUCGGAUAUCGACUUCUUGCGCAAGGUCAUUGCGCCCCACACCCCCAACGUCACGACGCCAGACAUGCUAAUCCGAUUACAGGUGGAAGAGUAUUCUCGGGCACUCGGGAACCUAAUUUCUUCCAUGAGCUACAUAUCCUCGAACUUCACCGGCACAACCGCAACCUCGCCGCUCGAGCUCUCAUCGGAGGUGGCAGGUGCUCUCAAGUCGGACAUCAAGUUUUGUGCAAGAUCAGCGCUACCGGCCCUUGACAAAGUUUACCGGGACGCAAAGUCUACGGCUGAGGACCGAUUAUCUAAGAGCCUUUACCCAGAGUUCGUCAAAUACCAGCUUUCUCAGCGUUUGACGACUUCGUUGACCUCAAACCGUUCGUUGGCCGGCGAGACUAACACCCCUUACCCCGGCCUUGGCGAAGCUUUCUGUCUUACCGACCCGCAUCAGCCCGACAAUCCCGUCAUCUUCGCGUCCGAUGGGCUCUCGGCCAUGUUAGGGUAUUCGCGGAGGCAACUUGUCGGGCGGAAUUGUCGCCUCCUUCAAGGGAUUGCUACCGAAGCGACAGCGGCAUUCCGGCUCAGCCAAGCCGUAGGGGCUGGAAGGGAGGCUACCGAGCUACUCAUCAACUACCGCCCCGACGGGACUCCCUAUUGGAAUCUCUUGUUCAUUUGUCCCCUCAUGGAAAAUGGGACUGUGCGUUAUUUCCUCGGCGCCCAGGUCAAUGUCUCGGAGAAUAUGGGGUCUGAUUACAUGGAGAUCAUGGGCGUCUUGAACUUUGGUCCGCCUCGACAAGAACAGCCCACACUAUCCCCCGAAUCUCCAACAUCCCCGAUCUGGCCAGCACGGCAGAGUUCCGACAAACUAGAAGUCCCCAACUCCAAUGACCAGCAUGAAGAAAAGUUUGAAGGAAAGCCAGGUUCCCGCCGCUGGCGCUUCUUCCACCGCCUCCACCGCAAGGCGCCUUCCCUGCGUGCCUCUUCCCCUUCGCACCGCAGCACGGCCUCGGAGCCCACCACGGACGACAACUCAUCACCACCCCAGGCCUCCCGGAACUGCCCUCCUCUCAGCCCCUUCAGCGCACACAUGGAGCUCCACCAGCGCCGUCCGUCGGAACAACAGCUCGACGAGAACAGUACCCCGUACUCUCGCUUCCUAGUCAUGCGCUACACCAGCCCCCACCCGCCGUCAACUAGCCACAAUCGCCGACAGCAGUCCGGGAGUAAGCGGCUCGCCCGCGAAGAACGCUCCCGUAGUGCCACACCCCGGCUGCCCGUGUCCUUCUGCUCCUCCCAUGCCCUCUCCCUCCUCGGUCUUGAGACGCAGCCACAACCCCACUCCCGGCCUCCCGAAUCCCCCCUCCUGGGCAGCGACAUCUUCUCGGUGCUCUCGUCACACCUCAACUCGCCCACACUCGAUCGCGUGUUCAAGGCCGAAAUGCUAGCCAGGCUCGACCGCGGGGAGAGUGUCAGGGCCGACCUGAUGGUGCGAGUGGGCGGGCCCGAGGGAUCGGCAAGGGGGUCUAGGAGUGGGGCGCCGAUUAUCCAGAUCAAUGGCACUACUUCGGGGUCGGCGACGUCGUCGGGAGAGGCGCUUCCCUUUGACUCUAGGCCGAGAGUCAGUAGCUCACUGGACCGUGGGAGCGGGUUAUUGAGUCAUGUUUUGUCUCCUGGGGGAAGGGGUGCGUAUGAAGCGGAUUGUUAG